CUGAACUUUACUCAGGACGAGAAUACUCAUUUAACAAAGUGGAUAUACAUAUAUAUGGAGCUAUAAAGAUGUUGAGGUCGCUAACGAAGGGUAUAAUUGCACUCGGAUUAAUUUCACUAGUUGUGUUCGUACGAUGGAGUUAUAAUCAACAAAAGGGAGAAUUACUCCACGAGUCGAACGUCGUGUAUAGUGACACAAAUCUAGAGAAAGAGGACAAACAAACAAAUAAGAACAUCGCACAGAAUAACAAUAGAUCAGUCGGAGAGGAUGUAUAUAAGGACAAACAAACAGAUAAGAACAUCGCACAGAAUAACAAUAGAUCAGUCGGAGAGGAUGUAUAUAAGGUGAGGAGGGACCGGAUCACAAAGAUGUGUGCAGAGAACAGAUAUAAGUUUGUGGGCCGACAAGGCCACUAUCAUGAUACUUUGACACGUAUCAUCAUCGACCGAAAACAACGACUAGCCUAUUGUGCCGUACAGAAGUCAGCGUCUACAUUCUGGAAACGUGUAUUUAGGAUUGUGAAUGGGAACUCAGCUGCCGCCUCCCCUUUUGAUCCAUCCGUCUCAGCCGAUUUGAUGAAGUUCGAUUCUUUACGUCUUCUGCCUGAAAAUCAGCGUGAUGCUUUCACGGAGAAAGCAUUAUCGUUCAUGUUUGUUCGGGAGCCAUAUGGCCGGUUAUUUUCCGGAUACAUAGACAAAUUAUUUUCACCUAAUGUCAUAUUUUGGAAGAGUUAUGGUGCAUUUGCGGUAUCGGUUGUCAGAGGGAAUCCAAGCAAAAUGGAUUUGAAUUGUGGUCAUGAUAUUACGUUCAGAGAGUUUGUUAAGACGGUUCUGUAUGACGAGAAACACAAUAUCAGACGGAAUGGACAUUUUACACCCCAAUAUGAACAUUGUGAUAUAUGUCACUACAAGUAUGAUAUAAUAGGUAAACUAGAAACCCUUUCGCAAGACACGAUUUAUCUAUUGGAUCGAAUGGGAAAAACAAGUCUAAGGAAAUCGCUGGAAAAUGAUUUCCAUGGACAGAGUCUGAAUGACACCAUCUAUGAUCAGGUGAAACUGCUAUUUUUGUUUCGGAAGCGUUUCCGAGAAUGUGGGGUUUCAUUCUUUGAAGCGCAAAAACUAAUGUGGAAAAAGUUUCAAAUUAGAGGUAUUAUCAGUAAAAACUCCAAAUAUCCAAUAACAAGAGAGAAAAGUGAGGGACUGACCAGGGAAAUCCUUACAGAAUUAAUAUACAAAGGUAUCGGAGAUGCACGUGACAAAAACGUAGCUAAAAAGAACAAAAACGACGCUUUGUUAGAAGCGUUUUCCACGUUGGACAAAGAAGACAUGGAUAGAUUAAGUAAGAUGUUUGAACCAGACUGUGAAUUGUUUGACUACGACUGUCGACCUUCCAAACUCUUCGAUAUAAACAGUCCUAUAAAGCCCUGGUAUUUUGACAUCAAUACAGUGUGAGACAUCAGUUUAUGUAAGUGUCAGGUAGACGUCAUUGUUCUAUCCGUUACAUCAUUUACACAAAUAAUACGUAAAAGGAUUUCUACGCUCCACCUUGCGGGAUAUUUGAUCCAUUAAGGACCAUACAAGGAUCUCCGUAUAAUAUAUUAUAUUAGCUGUGAUGCUGAUUUUAUACCUAUGCCAUAUUGGUAUGCCAAAGCAAAUCUCGCAGAAAUUUUAUAGGAACUUUAUGCGUUAAAAAAGACUUACAGGUAUCAUUCUGAAUCCGUCUCAGUAACAGUUUAUUAUUGUUUGCUUUUGUUGUUUCUUUAUAUAUAUUUCUCUGUACGAUAUCAAUACGAUAUCAUUCUGCAUCCGUCUUUGUAAUAGCUUAUUUUUCUUUGAUUUUGAUGUUCUGUUAUGCAGACAUUCCUAUUCGAUACUAAUACAAUGUCACUAAUUCAGAUGUAAUUCCAAUUAUAUCGUCGUUGGGUUCAGACCAUCGAGGUACAUGUAUAAAAUUAUGUUGGGAGCUCGAAUCUCCAAAAAUACGUUGUUCAGCGUGUUGGAAACAGCAGGAUGUUCAUUGAUCAUGGAUAAAGGGGUGAACAUUGCAAUCUAUUGGAUUUUGUUUCAUAUCUAUAAUUUGGAACCAAAUCUUUGCCUAACCCUUACCUCUGUGCCGGCGUUAUUACGCCUUCCCCUAGCCAAAUAAUCACAGAAGGAUUUUUUAAUAAAAUCCUUCCUUACCAACGCCAUCAAAGAAAUUAUCCCAUUCUCUAGAAAUAGCACAGACUGCGUUCUUACAAUUUUUAUUUAGCUAAAUAUGAUAAAUGAUUGUAACUCACUCUGAUGAAUACAUCUGUAAAAAUAUUUUUAGAAGCAAGAUGUACAAAUCUGUGUUAAAGUUUUAGGUCAAUGAUUGUGGAUAGUUUAAACCGAUACACCGAAUUAUGUUACUAUGAUUUCGGACAAAAUGCCAUUUUCCUGUAUCAGGACAUCGUAAGUAUACAGAUACACGUGUAUAGAGACAUGUAUAGAACAAUUCUAAAACACCCGAUCGAUUCAGGUUUGUAAAAUCAGUAUAAGAAAGUUGAAUACCUUAACCUUACAUAUCACCUAGUUCUGAUAGGUUUUUUCCUCCAUUUUGCCAUUCAUGUUCAAACUUACCUUAAAAAGUAUCUGCGAAACUAUUAGGAAUAGCACUCCUUUAUAGAUCUAAGUAGAAUAUUAAUAUUACGUAUUUAUGAAGGCAUGUAGUCUUGUAUUAUGUAUGUAGUGCUUAAUCAUGAUUCAGAUAUAACAUUACCAACUCUGUUACAUACAUUGUGUGAAGAUUUUCCAAAAAAA